AUGAAUUCUCAGGAGCGCUGGGUCUCAAGACAACAAGACCCAAGAGCCGGCCCCGACGUCUACCACCCGUCGCGAGUCCUCGAUCGUCUUCACGAACCUAGCAUCGUCGUGCCACUGGUCAUCCUACUCGUAUCCAUACUCUACACUGCUUCAAUCAGCCUGCCAUCGUUGGUACGAAUAUUCUGGGACGGCGUCGUCACCGUCACGCCGGCGCGCCUGAUCUUCGCAGUCGACCGCUGGCUCAACCCCCCGCUGUUUCCUCGACCGGAGAUGUUGUCUCCCGCAGCGCAGCCAACUAGCCAUGCGGCCAAGAGCGAGGCGCUGCGGAGGAUACUGGGUGUGGAUUCAGGAGCGACCGGCUUGCUGGCGUCCGUGUCGCAGGUUGGCCGGCGCAUGCCCGGAUUUGGUGGUGGAGGAAUUGGAGGAGGAGGAGGGACCUCGAAGAAGGGUCAGGUUGCCCAGCCCCCGGGUCUAGGCAAUAUCAGCAACUCUUGCUAUCAGAACAGCAUUCUUCAGGGGCUGGCAGCUCUGAAACCGCUACCAGCAUAUUUGAACAUCCCCACCAACUCCAAGGGCUCCGAUUCUCGAGACAGCUCGGAUAAGGGCCCCGCUGCUACUUUGCGCGAUCUGAUCGCCCAGCUAAACGAUGCGGACAACAACGGCCGUACACUAUGGACGCCUGCCGUGCUCAAAAACAUGAGUACAUGGACGCAGCAAGAUGCAUCGGAAUAUUAUCACAAGCUACUCGACGAAGUCGACGAGGAAAUCACCAAGGCAGUGCAAUCUAUGCAGAAAGCACCCGGACUGGAAAGCCUGGAGCCUUCUCCGUCGCCAGGCAAAGCCCCUUCUGAUGACGGAUCUGCCGCCAGUUUGCAUAGUGAAGACAGCGGCUACCAAAGCCUCUCCUCGACCUCCAAGGUCAGCGUUGCGGGGGGAGAGACCUUCGCACCGCGCAAUCCACUCUUGGGACUUCAGGCGCAACGUGUGGCAUGCGUAUCGUGUGGUUGGUCCGAGGGCUUGUCCAUGAUACCGUUCAACAGCAUCACCCUGAGCCUGGGCAUGGGUAAUCAGAAUCACGACUUGUAUGAGAGGCUCGAUGCUUAUACGAGCAUCGAAUCGAUACCUGGCGUUGAGUGUGGCAAGUGCACGCUGCUCAAGGCGCAGCGCCUCAUCAAUACGCUGAUCGAGAGGAGCCGCGCCGGUGGAAAAGAGCCGGGCGACAUUCCCGAAGCCUACGCUCGCAUCGCAGCCAUCAACGAGGCACUAGAGGAGGACGACUUUGACGAAAAGACGAUUUCUAGGCGGUGUAAGAUUUCACAAAAGGUCAACUCCAUGAAGACGAAGCAGCUUGUCAUAGCACGCGCCCCUCAGAGCCUGACCAUACAUAUGAAUCGGUCUGUGUUUGACGAAAGAACUGGCCAACAGUACAAGAACUUUUCACCGGUCCGCUUCCCUGCCAUCUUGGAUCUUGGGCCUUGGUGUCUGGGUAGCGCGGGAGGAACUGCAGUGGGUGUCAAGGAAGAUUCGGAAGUGUCUCCGCAAGAAAAAUCUAGCGAAAAUGAACCCGGAGUCAGCCCAACGUCGGAAGGCGACGGUGAUUAUGAACGUUGGCUACUCGACCCAAAGAAGUCGAUGGUGGCCGGCGAUGGACAGCCAUCGAGGAUCGUCGGGCCUAUAUAUGAGCUCAGGGCUGUCGUCACACAUCAAGGCCGACAUGAGAACGGCCACUACAUCUGCUACCGGAAACAUCCGCGGCCGAGACGAGACUCGGAUGGUCGGAAACGGGAGGCCAGCGCACCUCCAAACCUGUCACCGGAUGGGGAGGGGAGAGACGAUGCGUGCGGUGACAAAAAGACACCAGCCCAGGCGAAUGACCAGUCGAGCGUCUCGAACCUAGACACCACUUCAACUGGUAGCGGGGAGGUCACACAAAAUGACAGCAGCACCGUCGACGAUGACCAGGAAGAAGGUGACGCCGGAUGGUGGAGAUUGAGCGAUCAAAAUGUUGCUAGAGUUUCUGAAGAGGUUGUCAUGGCGCAAGGGGGCGUGUUUAUGCUGUUUUACGACUGCGUCGACCCCGUUCCUUUGCUUGCCUCGGAUGCCGAUGCCGACUCCGAUGCUGACAUUGCGUCCAGGACUUCAACCAGCGCCCCACAGCCUCUGAAUGAUGAUGGAGAAGACAGCGAGAGCUUCAGUGACAAGACAGACUAA